UUGUUCUACAGUAUAAUGUUCCUGUUUUGGUGAAACAUGUCAGUGUUAAUCACCUGAUCUGGUGCUCAAUCACAUGUUAGCUUCCUUUUUUUUUAAGAAGAAGAAACAGUAAGAACACAUUUAAACCAUCAGGACAUACACAAAGAUUUCAAACUGGCAUAUAAUCAGAUUUAGAUUCCUCCACACAUUUCUAUAUGAGGAGAGAGAGAGCUUCUAAAAUGAGUCUCUAUCGGAAGAGAGAAGAGAAGAAAGCUGUUCCGUAUCAGAUGCAGACAGACGUGUGUCCAGCAUCCAGCGGUGUGUCUGUGAAGAGCAGCAGUUCCAUGACUGAACCAUUUAUGUUCAGAAAUGAAGCAGGACUUCAUGACAACAGUGUGGUGAAGGAUGAUCUAAUCCAGGUUCAGUCUAGGUGUGGAGUUUGUGAGCAGGAUGUGAGAGAUCCGGUCUCUAUCACCUGUGAACACAGUUUCUGCAAGCAGUGUUUAGACACCUGCCACUGGGACAAGACCAGUCCAUCAGAAGAUUUUGACUGUCCCAAAUGUAGAAAGAGAUCUAGGACACAUUAUGUUCCAAUCAAACAAAAAGUAAUUGGAGGGUCCAGUUCUGCUGACUUUGCUCAAUGUAACUCAGAAACAGACCUGCUGAAGGAGACUGCAGACCUUCAGCAGGAUUCUCACCAAAAUGAUGUCCUCCAGAGAGUCAAAGUCCAACACAAAACCAGCAUGAAGAACAAAUAUGAGAGCAUAUUUGAUGGAAUCAAAUUUCAAGAUAAUCAAACCCUUCUGAACAGGAUUUACACACAGCUCUACAUCAUAGUGGGAGAAGGUGAGGGGGUGAAUAAAGAACAUGAAGUUUUAUACAUGGAAAAAAUAUCCAGAACACAUCACUUACAAGACACUCCAAUAAACUGCAAUGACAUCUUUGAUCCCUUACCUCAAACAGGAUGUUGGAAAGACAAAAUAAAGACUGUUCUUACUAAAGGUAUUGCUGGAAUUGGAAAAACAGUCUCUGUGCAGAAGUUCAUUCUGGACUGGGCAGAGGGAAAAGCCAAUCAGGAUGUAGAUUUCAUGUUUGUACUUCCAUUUCGAGAGCUGAACUUCAUUAAAGAUUACCAGUGCAGUCUUUACAAACUUCUGCUUGACUUUCAUCCUGAACUUCAAGAUCUGGACUCAAAGAUUUAUGAUGAGUGUAAAGUUGUGUUCAUCUUUGAUGGUCUGGAUGAAAGCAGAAUUCCUCUGAUGUUUUCUGGCAGUGAGAAAGUUUCUGAUGUGACUGAGACUUCAUCAGUUGGUGUGUUGAUGUCAAACCUCAUCAAAGGAGAUCUGCUUCCCUCUGCUCUUAUCUGGAUCACCUCCAGACCAGCCGCAGCCAAUCAGAUCCCCUCUGAAUACAUCAAGCGUGUGACAGAAAUUCAGGGAUUCAAUGAUCCUCAGAAGCAGGAAUAUUUUAGGAAGAUAAUUAGUGAUGAGCAGCAAGCCAGCAGAAUCAUCUCACACAUUAGAAGAGCAAGAAGCCUCCACAUCAUGUGCCACAUACCAGUCUUCUGUUGGAUCUCAGCCACUGUGCUUCAAAACAUCCUGAAACAUAAUGACAGUGCAGAAAUCCCCAAAAAUCUGACUGAAAUGUACAUUCACUUCUUGUUGAAUCAAAUAAAUAUGAGGAACCAGAAGUUUGGUGAGAGAGAUACAGAGGAACUCCUGCAGUCCAACAGAGAAAUGAUUGUGAAACUUGCUGAACUGUCUUUCAAACAGUUGAUGAAGGGCAAUGUCAUGUUCCGUGAGGAGGACCUGAGAGAGAGCGGCAUAGAUGUCACUGAGGCCUCAGUGUAUUCUGGGAUCUGCACUGAGAUCUUUAAGGAGGAAUCAGUGAUUCAUCAGAGGAAAGUUUACUGCUUCAUACAUCUGAGCUGUCAGGAGUUUCUAGCUGCUUACUAUGCUUUUUACUGUUAUACAAGAAACACUAUGGAAGCCCUUAAGGAAUUUGAUAUAUUACAUAAUUUGCAUAGAGGAGCAGUAGAUAAAGCCCUGCAGAGUGACAAUGGACAUCUGGAUCUUUUCCUGCGAUUCCUGUUGGGCAUCUCACUGGAGUCCAAUCAGAGACUCUUACAGGACCUACUGGCCCACACAGAGAACAGUUCAAAGAGCAUUGAGAACACCAUAAAGUACAUUAAAGACAGCAUCAAAGGAGGGGGAAAUGCUUCUCAGAAUCUCUCUGCUGAAAGAUCCAUUAAUCUGUUCCUAUGUCUGCUUGAAAUGAAUGAUCAAACUCUGUUGAGAGACAUUCAGGAAUUUCUGAAAUCAGAGAAACUCACACAGAAUCAACUCACUCCUGCUCACUGUUCAGCAAUAGCCUACAUACUUCAGAUGUCAGAGGAGGUGCUGGAUGAGCUGGACUUGAAAACCUACAACACAUCAGAGGAGGGUAAAAGAAGACUGAUACCGGCUAUGAGAAAUUGCAGAAAAGUACUGCUGGCUGCUUGUAAUCUCACAGAAAAUUUCUGUAAAAUUGUGGCCUCAGCUCUUCAAUCAGAAAACUCCCCCCUGAGAGAGCUGGACCUGAGUAACAAUGACUUGCAGGAUUCAGGAGUGAAGCUGCUCUCUGAGGCACUGAAGAGUCCACACUGUCAACUGGAGAUACUGAGAUUAUCUGGCUGUAUGGUGACAGAGGAAGGCUGUUGUUAUCUGGCUUCAGCUCUGAGUUCAAACCCCUCACACCUGAUAGAGCUGGAUCUGAGCUACAAUCACCCAGGUGAUUCAGGAGUCAAGCUGCUCCAUGACAGAUUGAAUGAUCCAAACUACAAACUGCAGAAAGUCAAGGUGGACCAUAUAGGACACUUCACAAUCACACCAGGACUAAAAAAAUAUGCGUGUGAUCUCUCACUGGAUCCAAACACAGCACACACUCAUCUCUCUCUAUCUGAAGAGAACAGAAAAGUGACAUAUGUGAGAGAGCAGCAGUUAUAUCCUGAUCACCCAGAGAGGUUUGAACAGCAGGAGCAGGUUAUGUGUAAAGAGUGUCUGUCUGAACGCUGUUACUGGGAAGCUGAAUUGAGUGGCUUUGGUCAUUUAUCAGUCACAUAUAAAGUAAUCAACAGGAAAGGAGGCAGUGAGUGUCAGUUUGGACUCAAUGAAAAGUCCUGGAGUCUGUACUGGACUAAUCGUAACAUUUACACUGCCUGGCACAAUAAUAAAGGCACAGAAAUAAAUUCACCCUCUUCUAACAGAGUAGGAGUUUAUCUGGACUGUCCGGCCGGCACUCUGUCUUUCUACAGCGUCUCUGACACUCACACACUCACACACUUACACACAUUCAACACCAGAUUCAAGGAGCCCCUCUAUGCUGGAUUGAGGCUUUAUCCUGGUUCUUCAGUGUCUCUGUGUCAGCUGCUUGUGAAUAACACACAUAACUGAGUGAAAAAUACAUAUUCUCAUUUUGUUUUUGUUUUUUGUAAUCUGUCUUUGGCUUUUUCUAUUAGCUUUUGCACUAUUAUUGAUUUCACAUUACCCCAUUCAGGUGCACAUAGAUGAUAUAUAUUAAUAAAUAAAGGUGCAUUACUAGUUUCAACAGAAUUUGUACUUCAGAACUUUGUUUUGUUGGACAAGAAAAACUAGCUUCAUACUGUAAUAUAUUACCCACAUUAGGUUUCUUCCAUAGAAGGUGAUCUUAAAGGAAUAGUUCACCCAAAAAUGAAAAUUUGCUUAUAAUUUACUCACCCUCAGGCCAUCCAAGAUGUAUCUGAAUUUCUUUCUUCAUCAAACCAGAAUUGUAGCUUUGUUGUGUGUUCUUGUCAACUGUUAAACUUAUUACUAUAUUUUAUAUGACAACUUUAAUAAAUGUCUUUGAGAUAAUAUUUUAGUUUAUCUUCUGUGUAUUGAUAAAAUUGUUGAAGGGGGAUUUUAGGCUGUCAAAUGGUCAUGUUACAAUGUGCACCACACCUGUUAAAACAUUUCACUUCACUUCACAUUAUGUAAUGUUAACAUGUACAUCUUUUAAUAUUAAGAAGGAAAAAACAACUCAAAAUCUGAUCUGGUGCUCAAUCAGGUGUUUCACUUCCUUUUCCAAUCGCUCAGUUUCUUUGUUUCUGUUUUUGCUCGGUAAAUUAAACAGAAGUUUGAAUGAUCAGGAAAACAAUGAAACUGACAGGAAGAACACACAGCAGCUAAAAAAGCACUGUAUCGUCAGUAAGGUUAUUAUAGUUUUGCAUUUUCAAAUCAGUUUUUAUUUUAUAUCGAUUUCAGAUUUACUAUAAAUUUCAGUUUAGUUUUAGUUUCUUGAAUGAUUUUAUUAGUUUUAGUUUGGUUUUUAUUUUGUAACACAUGUCUAUUUCGUUUUUAUACAUUUUAGUUUCAGUUUUAGUUUUAGUAAUUAUAGUUUUGAGAGUUAACAGAACACGUCCAUAGUGUAGACCAAAGCCAGACAUUUGAAUUUAAGCUUGGCAAACUUACACAACACACUUAAAGCAAAACAGUUGAACAUUAGACUCAGUAUACUUGUGCAUAAUAACAAUAACAUAAUGGUUUGAGAUACAACAAGUCACAAAGAACCAAACAAAAGCAAAUCAAAGGUAUAAAAGUGAAACGUAUGAAAAGUUUAAAUGAACUCAAAUUUAUGUAUAACAGGAAAUCUUAAACUGUUGAUGCUCACUGUACCAACGGCAGGCGCUCCAUCACUUUGUUUAUAUAUGUUUAUAUUUACUGCAUAAGAUAUCAUACGUGUCUCAUAUAAUCUUGAAAUCCGUGGUCAUCAGUUAAAUAUACAGUCCCUCCAGGAUUUUGCAAUCUUGUGAUCGCAACAAUUCUAACAAAUUCAACCAAUCUCCACAUAAUUUGCGGUAGCUUGCAAUUUUUUAUAAUUUCCACAAAUGUUCUGCAAAAAAAAAAAAAAAAAACUAAAUCUGAGGGAAUCCCAUCGCUUUCCUUCAUGUCUGACAGCGGCAAAACAAAUGCUUGAAAAGCCUGAAGCAGAGGCAACAUAUCCAAAUGCACAGCAGCUGUUUGUAUCAUCUCCAUAGUAACAGUGUAAGCAUCUCCUUCACAUUCAAAAUCCUUCUAAACUCUGGCAGGAUGGCAGACAGCACACAUACAUCACAGCUAGUGUUUAAUCUUCACCCUGAGUGUUGCGAAUGAGACACAAAAAUUGCAUUUAUACAAGGUAUCCUUAACAUUCACUAGUUAAAAUCCCCAUUAGGUGUGUAGAAAAAUGUGAUUAGAAUUUGAAUUGCUUAAUACAGUAGGCUACGAAUCGAAAAUGGCAAUUUAUGCUGAACACUUUGCUGAAAAUAAAUGUUCAUAAAUGUUUCUUACUGAUCACAUAAAUACAUAUAUGCAACAUAUAUUUAAAAAUAUGACAAAAAUUGCAUUUUCAUACAUGUAACAUAUUUUGAAACACGUGUGGAAUUUAAAUUUGUACAUAAAUUCUCAAAUAUAUGAUUGUAUUUGUUUGUAUGGCCAUACAUCAGACAAUGUAAUAAUUGGAACAGGCAUAAUUAUUGAAUCCUCAUUUGUGUUUUCAGUUAGCAGAUAUAUUGGAUGUGUAUUUUAACCUCAAGUUUUAUUGCAUUGACUGAGGGAGAACAUUUGUAUAAAAAAAAAAAAUUAAGGGUCUUUCAAUAUUCACAGGAUUCACCUAAAUGUAUGUUUUUGUGUGUUUGUGUGUGUGUUUGUUUGUGUGUUUGUGUUUGUGUGAGUGUCUGUUUGUGUGCGUGUUUGUGUGUGUGUGUGUAAUUCUUUUCUUUCUUUUUUCUUUUUUUCUAACAGCAUAUUAAGUUAUUGUGCACUAAACUAUUUACAUGUAAUUGCAUUUACAAUGUAAUUAACAAUUACAGAGGUGUAUAAUGAUGAUUUGUGAGUUUUCACUGCAAAACAACCCCAAAAAAUGUCAUGGCAAAUUCAGUCAUUUUGGGCCGUAAAAGUGCCGCGAAAUCCUGGUGGGACUGAAUAUAGUAUGUUAUCCAAUCAACCAGGAAACAGAGACCGCUGUAGUGCAGAAAUUAUCCAAAUACCAACAUGAAGAAAGUGUGCAUAUACUGCAUAUUUUAGAAAUAUUAUGCGUUCUGCUUCAUUCUAUGAAUGGAAUCCACAUGAAAUCAGUAAAAGAAACUGUUAUAACAACUCGAUGAUGACUGGAAGUAAGAUAUUUGCAUUAGAUUAUGGGGGGGUUGUAUGGUGCCUUGGGCGAAACCCGCUUCCACACGGGUUCCAUACAAAUGGAAUAAGAGAGGAAUAAUUGAUGACGUACAGUUAAACUUAUUUAAAAAAUAAAAAAACUCUCCACCUGAAGUGGUAAUGCAAAAAGUUAUAGUUACACCUUGAUUGUGCAUUAUUUUUCAAUAAUUCAACGGGCCAGAGUAAAUUAUUCUGCUUAUAACACGGUUACCACACCUCAAGUCAUCUUUAAGGGUUUUAUG